AUGCACGCAAACAUAGGCGAGAAGGCGGUCACCGCUCUUCUGGAGGUCUUGGAACGAGAGAAGGAUAUUCUGGAAGAAGAGCGGAUACGGAAGGAGUCGUUAACACGACUAAUUAACCUCACAGUAAGUACAAUAUAUCCUACAUUCAACUGCAAAUAUGAGCAAAUAUUUGCACUACCGAUGGGAUUACCAUUCUUACCUCUUAGAAAAUUUAUACAUGAACAAGUUGGAGAAAGAAUUCGUGAAGUCACCGUGCUUAUACGAUACCUGGACGACUACUUUGUAUUUUUAAGAGAUGUAUUCACCCUAUUUCAUUUGAGGUGA